GACAGUAACUAAUACAAAUUAAACAAUUUCAAAUUUUUUUAACAAAUUUUAAUUUUAAUUAAUCCAGAUUUUCUGUUGAAAUCAGAGUGAGGUUUGGAAGUGGUGCUCAUCAGUGCACUCUUAUCUUAUCAGCUGAGCGUCAGAACUGUUCCGUGAUACUAAAGUCAUUUCACUACAGUCAGAUUCCAGCAGGUGGCUGUUUGUCUCCUGUGAUAGGGCUGGUUGGCCAGCUUGCUGACACACUGACUGGUUAGGAGUGCCAGUCAGGAGAGGUUUUAUGACGCUCACAACUGAUCAAAGUUCAGAUGUGGGCCUCGAACAAGCGUCAGUCCAUUUGAGCUUUUGGGCCUGACCGCCUCCUGGCUUUUCUCUGGCUCUCCUGCUGUGUCUGUCCGGUCUCCUAAACUCUGCAACAAUGAAGAUCCAGCUGAGCUGACAGUGGAGCUCAUGUCCCACCUUAAAAUGGACAUACCUGCUUAUUACCCACAACCAUCCCAGCCACUAAUCCACCAGUCUGGUAACUAUCMAGAGGAUCUGUUAGCAUCGGAGGAAUCAACAUUUCAGGAACAAAAGACUGAGGCAGCCAGUUGUUCAGAGCCAGAGGAGAACUGUCCUGUUUGUGGUGACAAAGUAUCAGGAUAUCACUAUGGGCUGCUUACCUGUGAGAGCUGUAAGGGUUUCUUUAAACGCUCAGUGCAGAAUAACAAACACUACACUUGUGCAGAACAACAAAGCUGCCCAAUGAACAUUUCUCAGAGGAAACGCUGUCCUUUCUGCCGCUUCCAGAAGUGUUUGGCUGUCGGCAUGAAGAGAGAAGCUGUGAGAGCAGACCGAAUGAGAGGGGGCAGGAAUAAAUUUGGACCAAUAUACAGGCGGGACAGGCAGAUGAAACAGCAGAGGGCAAACACUGAUCCCUACAGGAUCAAGAUGGAAACUACACAAACACCAAGUCCCCAGUCUCCAAAUGAUCCUCACCAGAGAGGCAGCCACACAAGUGGGCCCUCGUCCUCUAGUGCCUUUCAUCUCUCCCACCUUAUGCAUCCGUCUGGCAUGGGACAGUCAGGUGAACCCACGCAACUGGACUGCAUAAUGAACAAUCACAGUGUGCUAACUCCUGCAUCCGUGUCUUGUCAUGGACUGUACUGCACCUUCCCUGGACACUCACAGGACAAAGGAGAAAUGGGCUUCAGCUACAACCCAACUCCCGCACACCAUCCAGUGCAUUCGACCACAAGUUAUUUAUUCACACCAAGAAGCACGCUAGCAUCUUCUCCCUGUCCGGUACCAAGCUCAGCCACUGGUUCCCCCCAGGUUCCAACCAUUCCUCCAUCGGCCACCCUUGCUCCCAGCUUCCUUAGUCAGCUCCUGAAAGGUGAACAAGACGAGGCCCAGCUGUGUGCCAAAGUCCUGGCUAGUCUGCAGAAAGAGCAGGCUAACCGAGGGAAACACGACCGCCUAAAUACGUUCAGCAUCAUGUGCAAAAUGGCCGACCAGACUCUGUUUGGGCUCGUGGAGUGGGCCAGAAACAGUAGUCUGUUUAAGGAGCUCAAGGUUGAGGAUCAGAUGGUGCUGUUGCAAAGCUGCUGGAGUGAGCUGAUGGUUCUGGAUCACCUCUGUAGACAAGUCACUUAUGGCAAAGAGGGCUGUAUAUACCUGGUCACUGGUCAGCAGAUCGAGGUGUCGACUAUUACCUCCCAGGCUGGAGCCACACUUAGUAGCUUGGUCUCGAGAACCCAGGAUCUUGUAUAUAAACUUAAGGCACUUCACUUUGAUAGACAUGAGUUUGUUUGUCUAAAACACCUUGUUCUUUUCAACCCAGAUGUGAAGUCGGUGAAAAGCCGGAGACAAGUGGAGCAGACUCAGGAGAGGGUGAACAGGGCUCUAAUGGAGCACACCCAGCGCAAUCAUCCACGACAGUCAGACAAGUUUGGCCAGCUGCUUCUCCGACUACCUGAGGUUCGCAGCAUUAGUUUGCAGGUUGAGGACUAUUUGUACCAGCGCCACCUUCUUGGAGAUUUGCCCUGCAACUCUCUACUUGCAGAGAUGCUGCAUGCCAAGCAUAGCUGAAACAAUGUUGAAGUCUGACACUAGAGUGGCCCUAGUUUGCUGCUGGGCACAUUUUUUUCCUUCUUACAGAUACAACAAUCCAGUUUCAUUUCACAUGUAAAAAGUAAGGGGAUGUUUUCGGGCUCCAAAAACAUCUUUGAAUGGCAAUAUGUGAUUACUCUGUGCCACUAUUUAGAAAGGCAUUUAUAAACAGUAUUAUCAUAAACGCCCAUCAUCUCUCGCAGUGUUAUGUGAUUUAAGAACCAAGUAACAUCAAGGUUUUUCUUACAAGCCCAACUGUUUAACAAGAGGGGGAAAAAAAACCAUCCAUAAUAAAAUUAGUAUUAAAUUAACUUGGUGUCUGAAUUGUAAAGUGUGUGUGGAACUCAGCUAAUACAAAAUAAUCUCUUUUCAGGUUAUUUGUUUGCAAAUAAAAGAGUGUCCAAACCAGUUUCACCCAUUUAUGAUUCUAAACAUAAAAAUGCAUGACUUUUAAAAAAAGGUUAUGAAAAACAGAUGUGGAUGAUUUAAAAAAGGAACAUUUUAUUUUACUGGUCCAGUUGCCGAGGACAGUCAUUUGAUGAAAUGAACAUACAUAAUGUGCUGGCACAGACUGGAAAACAAAGGAAAAACAAAAUCAACAUGACAUCUAUGAAAUGACAAUUUGACACGUAAUCUUAAGAAAAUAAAAGAGGAAAACCAAAACAAACUAAAACAAGUUUGUCACAAUUCAAUGACGAAUAAAUACAUUUCUGGAUGAUAUGGGGGAUUUCCGGGAAGAAUUGCACUGAAUCAAAGUGCGGUGUUUACUACCACAUACUAACUUUUACAAAUACCAGAAUAAACAUCCACUUACUCCACAAGCACUCUUCCACAAAAACCUUUAAGCAAUCAUUCAACUCUUUAAUCCUCAUUAGCGUUUUAAACAUAUUUACUAUGGAAGUCACCUUGAAAACACCACAUUUCUUGGAGGCAGUUAUUCUAAAAAUACAGUUGUGUUGUGGCAAAGGUUAUCCUAAAGACUAAAGAAAACGUAAUAGAUACAUUUCUUAGAUUUUCUCCCUACAUUGAUUUUGUCAUUAGAAACUAGAGUCAGGAAAUUAAAAGAAAACAGAAAACCUUUUGGCGUUUUACAUCGCCCCCCCAGUUGUACAUGAAGGAGUGUGAAGGGACUGUGGAAUAGAUGAGGGCUGUUACAGUCCAGAAUGAUCCUUCAUUAAGAAACCUACUGUUUACAUGUUAGGACAUAUAAACAGGGAAAACACAUUAGGAAACAGACUCUGACCUCAUGGAUUUAUUCAUCCUAAAUCAAACUUUUUUUCUUCAGUUUAUCAACAAUUUCUACUCAUUCUCAUUCAUUCACAUUUCAAACACACUUCUCACUAAUGAUUAAGCAGCAGCCUAGCUUAUUUGUA